GAAAAGAUGUUUGGUUUUCACAAGCCAAAGAUGUACCGAAGUAUAGAGGGCUGCUGUAUUUGCAGAGCUAAGUCCUCCAGUUCUCGAUUCACUGACAGUAAACGCUAUGAAAAGGACUUCCAGAGCUGUUUUGGGUUGCAUGAGACUCGUUCAGGAGACAUCUGUAAUGCCUGUGUCCUGCUUGUGAAAAGAUGGAAGAAAUUGCCAGCAGGAUCAAAAAAAAACUGGAAUCAUGUGGUAGAUGCAAGGGCAGGACCCAGUCUGAAGACAACAUUGAAACCAAAGAAAGUGAAAACUUUAUCUGGAAACAGGAUAAAAAGCAACCAGAUCAGUAAACUACAGAAGGAAUUCAAACGUCACAAUUCUGAUGCUCACAGUACCACCUCAAGUGCCUCCCCAGCUCAGUCUCCUUGUUAUAGUAACCAGUCAGAUGAUGGCUCAGAUACAGAGAUGGCUUCUGGCUCUAACAGAACGCCAGUUUUUUCCUUUUUAGAUCUCACGUACUGGAAAAGACAGAAAAUAUGUUGUGGGAUUAUCUAUAAAGGCCAUGAGAAAACAGAGGCUCGGAAAGGCCAACCAGUAAGAAACAAUUUCGAUGCCAAUACCAAAAAUUCUACUGUGGUGAAAGCAUGGGCAAGAGUGGAGGAGUCUGGAAUUCUGAAGGCCCGUGCCACCUGGGCUCUCCAGCUUGCUUGCUCCAAGCAGUGUUUUCCUCAGAGUCCAAAAAACCUGACAAUUGAAGGGAGAGGAGAAGGGUCUCUAGAUAAUAAAGAAAUAGAUUUAGAAAAUGUCGUUAGGUCAGGGAACAGUUGCAGCAAGGGAAGUGAUAUGACCAGUGCAGCAGAGCACCGUGGAUGCUGUGCUUUGUUACCCAGAUUCCCAUUCAGGGCUGAGGUACGCAUUCGUCCAGUUCUGGGGUUCCGGGGAGGUGGUGGGGUCAUUGCCGCCUCUCAGCUGGACUGCUUUCUGGAAUUGUCCUCAGCCAAAGAAAUACACUUCACCCAAGGUCACGCAACCCUCAGCCUGAGACUAUGUAUAUCCGAUGAUUGGUUCUUGUGA